AUGAAAUGUGGUCUUUGGAAAUCAUACUCUUAUCAUGAUGAAGGAUGUGCCCAGAAGAAUAUAUAUAUGCCAGAACUUUGCAGAGCUUCAUGUGUUCAUUGUCUGGGUUUAGUACUAACCGACAGUGUACAUACCACCAUGAAGACGACACACGCCUUCACCCUCUUCAGCUUCCUUGCAUUUUGCUUCUUCUUCUCAGGGAUUUCUGGUGAUCAUGGACAGAAGGAUGAAUGCAUCGAGUUUCCCAAACCAGAGAAAGGUGGCCAGAUUUUCUGCACAGAUGAUUAUAAACCUGUCUGUGGUACUAAUGGUGUGACUUACCCUAACAGAUGCGCACUCUGCGCAGACCAGGCAGCAGGAGUUCACGUUCAUAUAAAACAUGAUGGAGAAUGUAAAGGAAAGCCGGAUGUCUGCAGUAAGUUCCCCCAACAAGAGAAGGGCAAACCAAUUGUGUGUACCAAAGAAUACCGUCCCGUCUGUGGUACCAAUGGCGUCACUUAUGCAAACUUAUGUCUCUUCUGUGCAGCAAAGAGGGACAGUGAAGUUCCUCUUGACAUAAAGCAUGAAGGAGAAUGUAAGGAUGUGUGCAGUAAAUUCCCAGAGCCACCUAAGGGCCAGGCUCCUAAAUGUACAUUGGAAUGGAAACCUGUUUGUGGCAGUGACGGUCAGACAUAUGGCAACUUGUGUGCAUUUUGCCAUGCGAGAAGACAAAGUGGAAACACUAUCACAAUAAGCCACAAGGGUCCAUGUAAGGGAAAGGACGAGUGCAGUGGCUUCCCAGUCCCACCUAAGGGCAAGCCUGCUAUAUGCACACUUGAAUUAGCAGAAGUCUGUGGCAGUGAUGGUGUGACAUAUCCAAACAAGUGUGUGUUUUGUGAUGCCAAAAGGAAAAGUGGCGGCAAACUAACGAUAAAGCAUGAAGGGCCCUGUGAGAAACAGGGACAAAAGGGCGAAUGAAAGAAGACUUAGUGGAAAGCAGCAAGAAUUACUUUUAAACUGAAGAAAGAUACUCUCUGCAAAUAUCUUUAUUUUCUAGUUUAAAGAAAAGUUUUUCCUGAUCUGCUAAUAGAAUAAACUCAAAGCAACUAAA